GUCGGCUCGCUCGCUCAGUCGUACUCGAACCGCGCAUCGGCCAGGGUCGUGCGCCGCCCUCUCUCUCUCGCGAGUCCGCCGCGCGCCGCUCUGUGUGCGCGAGAGCGCGCAUACGCCAGACUACCACGCGAAAACGUGUGCGGCGGGGCACGUUGUCGUCGUGCUGUCGCCCUAAGCGCGUGUGCCUCGCGUAUCGCCGGUGUCAUGUUGACAAAUGAACCUCCGACGAGCGGAGUCUGCGGGAGAAAAGUGCGUCGGUAAGUUUCUCCUCACGUUGUCGCCAUAGCGCCGUUCUCUUUCGAGAAAGAGAGAAAGAGAGGGGGAGAGAUAGAGACAGAUCAGCGUGACGUUAGCUUCGAAUCGCGUCGUUCGGGACAAGACAAGUCCGCGUUGGCUGUCGUCUUCACUUGAAAGGCACGACGAGAGACGGCUUCGUCGGGGAGACAAACGCGACACGGUAGGGAAAAUACGUUACAGUAAAUCGGAAAAGCGGAGCAUGGAGACCGAUGGCAAGGCGCGCUUCGAUCAUUAUCAGUUAUUCGCCGACGUACAAGACGAUCGACGCGCGACGACGACGGUACAGCGGCAACAAGGUUAACGUAAUCGCUCGCUCGCUCGCUUGCGUGUCGUUCACCGUAACCGAGGCUACGCGUUCGUCUACAAACUAGUGUCAUUUAUCGUUUUAAAUGGAGGAGCGCGGCGAAGUUGUCGGCAACAACGCAGCUCCUCCUCUUCGUCGUCACCGCUCGAUAUUUUCCGUGUGAAACGUGUGUUGGACGCGCCUCAAGAUAGAGACAGAGAACUAGAGGAAAAGAGAAAGAGAGAGAGAGAGAGAGAGAGCGAGUGCAAAAUCCGAUAACGGUGGAUCGUUUUCCAUCCGGGAGAGAACAUCGCGCGUCGUCGUCCUCGUCUUUCUCGUCCUCGGGCCGCGAGAUUGCCAACGUAGGGGAAGGUCACCCGAGUCCGCGAGUCGAACUCGACGCGGCCGCACGCGUACUCUUUCAAAGACGAUCGCGCAAUUCGAACACGCCAUUUUGCGCGCCGGCGAUCGGCCGCGGCCGAAGUGUGCAUCGACCUGCAUACGUGCGAACGGCCAUACGAACGCAUCGUCUUCGUCAUCACCGCCGCCGUCGUCGGCUGUAGUUGGAUGCUCUUGGCAGCCUACGACGUUCCCUCCUCUCCCCGUGUCGCGUCGUCGUCGAGACGUCCGUAAUUCGCGCGCGGGCGACGUCCUCUCGCGUGGAACGAACACGAACUCGGGCUGUGCGCGCAACGGGACAGAGAGAGAGAGAGAGAGAGAGAGAGAGAGAGACAUAGAGAGAGACAGAUGCAUGGAUAGAUCGUCUUCGACGUGAUCUGCCGUUGACGUGACCUAGCCUAACGUAACUUUCGCGUCGGCACACCGGGGCACUUCCACCUGCUCCUCGCCCGACCUCCCGGUCUUCCGCCGAGGUUAUCGCGAGUGUCAGUGUGUGUGUUCAAGAGUAAGCGCUUUCUUCAGCCCGCUGCGACCUUCCGGAGCCUGCCUGCGACCGUCGGAUGGGCCUACGGACCCGACGUGUGGGGGGCCGCUGUUGCUGCACUGCUGGAGCGGCUUGCAGAGCGACAUCGAGGAUGCAGUAAGAGGCUGUCGGCUUCGCGGACAGGAGUCACGACAUUCGGAGACCGACGCGUGCUGUGACCGCCCGGCGACCAUCACGAUGCCAGGAACGUGCUUGAUGACCGAUGCGGUCAGGACCGCGGACAGUUAGUGAUGAGGAGGAGCGAGUUAUCGGCGUGCCGACGGCCCAGGUCACCAGUAACAUGCCAGUCCUUGGUGCCAGCAGCGCCGAGCCGACUCCACUUCGAGGACUUCUGAUCGCCGCCGCCACCCUCGUCCUAUUGUCCUUGCCGCGCGUCUGCCGCUGCACGGAUAUAGGACAAUGCACCGCGGCGCUGGGCAUGGAGAGCGGAGAAAUCCCCGAUGAAGACAUCACGGCGAGUUCUAUGUACGAUCCCAGCCUCGGACCGAAACAUGCCAGGCUACGGCAGGACAAGGCCGGCGGCGCCUGGUGUCCGCGCAACAUGGUGACCAAGGAGGGCAAGGAGUACCUGGAGGUGAACCUGCACAGUCCGCGGCUGCUGACAUCGACCAGGACGCAGGGCAGAUUCGGCAACGGCAACGGGAUCGAGUACACCGAGGAGUACUUUAUCGAGUAUUGGCGGCCGGGAUUCAACAAGUGGGUGCGAUGGAAGAAUCGACGCGGCAAGGAGCUGUUGGCGGGCAAUAACAACGCGUACACGGAAAAGGAGCAAAUCUUCGACCCGGCGAUAGUCGCGACCAAGAUCCGCUUCAUCCCUUACACCUCUCACAUGCGCAUGAUGUGCAUGCGCGUGGAGCUCUAUGGCUGCCCAUGGACAGAGGGUCUCGUUUCGUAUUCCAUGCCCCAAGGAAUCAAGAGGGGCUCCGAGGUUGACCUUUCCGACAGAACGUACGACGGCCGGGAAGAAGGAGGUUACCUCUCCGGGGGACUUGGUCAACUCGUCGACGGGCAAAAGGGUCCCGACAACUUCAGAUUGGACGUCAGCGGCAACGGCAAGGGCUACGAGUGGGUCGGCUGGCGGAACGACACGCCCAACAUGCUCGGACGUCCGGUGGAAAUAACUUUCGAGUUCGACUACUCGAGGAACUUCACUGCCAUACACUUACACAUGAACAAUUUCUUCACGAAGGACGUGCAGGUUUUCUCCUACGCGAAGGUCUACCUCGGCACGGGCGGCAAUCAGUUCACCGGCGAGCCCGUCCACUUCUCUUACAUACCCGACCAGGUGCUCGAGCAGGCGCGCGAAGUCACCAUCAAGCUGCACUCGCGCGCCGGUCGUUUCCUCAAGCUGCAGCUUUACUUCGCGGCGCGCUGGAUCAUGCUCAGCGAGGUAAUCUUCGAGUCAGUUAUCUCCGAAUGGAACAAUACCGAGGACGAGGAGACGAAGAACAAGAGUGCCAUUGUGCUCGCGACCGGCAGCCCCUAUCAGAAUAACGAGGGUCCACUGCAGAGGGACGAAGUGAAGGCCACUUUUAAUAAGGAGGAGAGCAAAGAUAACGCCUUUUCAGAUAAGGGCAAGGAGCCGGAAUCGCGGCAGUUCGUCGGCCUGGUGAUCGGGAUCCUGACGACCGUGAUCGUCAUGCUGCUCGCAGCGAUCACGUUCAUCUUCUACAGGAACCGCAGGCUCAAGGCCGCCCUGGCGCCGUCGACCUUCUACGAUCAGCAGGGCGAUCAUCUCAAGGUCUCCGUGCAGGAGGACGGCGAGGACAAGGGACCAAUUUGCCCCCCGCUUCCGGCGCAGUACCAUCCGGCCGCCUACAGCACGACGACGCCGCAGUUGCACAAAACUGUCACGGAUUACGCCGGAGGGAUCGGCGAGGUGCAGCCGGUUAUUCCGCUCCUGCUCAACUCGGCGAUCAAUCUCGCCCGGCCAAUUCCGGCGGUCCAAGAAUACCCGUCUAACCCGCCGCCCAUACCACCGCCGCCGGAGAAGUAUUACACCAAUACGGAGAUCUGCAAGAGUCCUUUACCGCCACUGCCACCGUCACCGACGCCGAGCACGCCGCCGCCGAUGAGCGCGAAAGCUUCCAGCAGUAUAACUAGCUACAGCCCGGAGGAUAUGCUCACGGAGGAGGAGGAGGAGAUCCCCGAGUGUAUCCUUGACUUUCCGCGGGAGAAACUCAACAUCGUUGAAAAUCUCGGCUGCGGAUACUUCGGCGACGUCCACCUCUGCGAGGUCGACAGGUUUCCCGGGUACGACGAGGUCUUCAAGAAUACCACCAGCGACCUUGUGGUUGUUAAAUCCUUAAGACCCGGCUCCUCCGACGCUCUUAGGAUAGAAUUUCAACAGGAGGCGAAGAGGCUGGUACGACUCGCCGAUCGAAACGUCGCGCGGCUACUCGGUGCCAGCCUCGAGGACGAUCCCAUGUGCAUCGUAUUGGAAAACGGCGAGUACGGGGAUUUGAAUCAAUACUUGCAGAGUCACAUCGCCGAGACGUCGAGCAUGCAUACGGCCAAGACCCUCAGUUUCGGCACAUUGGUUUACAUGGCCACGCAAAUAGCAUCCGGCAUGAAGUAUCUUGAGGAAAUGGACUUCGUGCAUCGAGACCUCGCCACAAGGAAUUGCAUAGUGUGCCGCGGAUGCACCGUCAAGAUAUCCGAUUUGGGCAGCGGACGGAGCGCAUACGCGGCGGAUUACUUCCGUGUCGAGGGGCGGCCGCCGUUGCCGAUUCGAUGGAUGGCGUGGGAAUCGAUGCUAAUGGGGAAGUACACGUGUAAGGGCGACGUGUGGGCGUUCGCCGUGACCCUGUGGGAGAUCCUGACGUUCGCGCGGGAGCAGCCCUUCGAGGAAUUUCCGGAUCAUCGAAUAGUGGAGAACGCGACUUACUUUUACGAGGAGGAUAAGCGAAGGAUGAUACUGCCGCUGCCGAAGAACUGUCCGAAGGAGAUCUACGAUCUGAUGCGCGAGUGCUGGCAGAGGAACGACGUCGACCGGCCGACCUUCCGCGACAUCCACCUGUUCCUGCAGCGCAAAAACCUCGGCUACAAGCCCGGUGAGUCCAACGAUACCUGAUACAGAGAACUGGAAGGCUGGAACCUGAUCCGGCUUUCUAUGAUCGGCGAGCUCAACGGCAACUGGUGGAACUGUCCCUCAUCGACCAAGCUAGAUCAAGUCAGACCAAGUUAGUACCCAAGUGACGAUCCGUAAAUCGGCACGAACGUACCAACCAACCAACCAACCAACCAACCAAACCAACAAAACAACCAACCCAAACCGCGGCCGCCGUCGUCGUCGUCGUCGUCGUCGUCGUCGUCGUCGUCGUCCUCGUACGUCGGUAAUUCGCGUGCGCGCGAAUUAACACACGUGUCGCUGACGUUGUAGAAAGAACACAACGCGCAGGAACACCGUCGUAGCGGACGAGUCAGUCGGUAGCCGGUGCCGACCUCGUCGUCGGUCUCGCGCGCCGCCGGCGCUCUUUUCACGGUUGUUUUUUUAUUUUCCCUUCUUUUUUUCAUACCACAGCACCACGUCGACGUGGUGUCUCCUCAUGGAGCCGCGCGUACAUCGCACACACGCUGUCGUGAAUAGCGUUAGCUGAAACCGAUAACCGGUACGAAUCGCACAAAUCACUGUCGCCGUAGUAGCAGCAGCAGCAGCAGCAGCAACAACAGCAACAGCAGCAGCAGCAACAGCGGCCGCCGGAGCGAGCGCGCUUCGCGCGAAUUUCGCGGUCUUUCGCGCGCGCGCGGACGAGCGAGUAGUCGAAGCUGAAGCGCACAGGUCGUUAUCACCGUCGAGGACGGACAGCUCGCCCGUCUCACAGGCCGUGCGCGUGCCGGCUGUCGCUUGCGUAACAACGUUUGACAAUUGACAAUAGCCGUAACAAUGUUCGUUUCUUAGUCUACGAUUCACGACGGAACUCCAGCCGGGAUUCCAUUUGUAACCUCGCGCGCCGCGUUACGCGCACCUAAUCCGUGAAUUUAUUAUCUGCGUAUGCUUGUGUCUGCUGUGUGUGUGUGUGUGUGUGUGUGUCGUGUGUGAGUGACUCUAUGUAAGUGUAUUGUGAUUUUUCUCGCGCGAGCAGAACUCUGCGUCUCGGCCCGAGGAUUCCGUCGCGAAUCACACCGAUCGUCCACACAGCCGUUGUUAUACGACAAGCACGCGCUGUGUUCUUCGAUCCCGCAUCGUGCAUCGUUCCUCCCGCCAGAAUGCCGCCAGGAAUGCGAACAUCGACGGAAGAGAAGUCGCGAUACUGUUUUUGCCCUUCUCGCGACUGCCGUUGCCGCGUGUCCGAUUGGGGGAUUUGCGCUCCGCUGAUUUUCACAGGAGACAUUUCCUCGGAUCUCCAAGGUGUUCGAAGCUUUCAUCGAGAUGAAAACGUUGCUACCUUUCUUCCUCUAAUCGUACGAUCGAAGCCAUAAAGGUUGACACACUUGUUCUUGAUUCGUUUCGUAAAAUUCAAUUCUAGUGUAAGAAGUGUAAGUAUAAACAAGACUUAAGGUAUAAUCGGAGAAAGAAAGAGAGAGAUAUAUGAUCGUUAGAGAGAAGAGCAGAAUGUUGGAUAUUAAUGCGAGUUUGGUUAAAUUUUUACGGGAGGUUAACAAUGUAUCGACACUGUAACAUAAAUAUUGCGGAACAAUUUCAACUCUCCACAUCGUUUUUCGUAGCAAUGUUUGCAUCGGCCAAUUUGUAAUAAAUUUUUAAUCUCUUUUUCGUGCAAAAUGUAAGAAAAAAACAGACUCGCUUUCAGGUCUCCCCAAAUUGCGUAACAAUUUUUCGUCUCGUAAUUAUGUAUGUCCUCCUAAUUAAAUUUAUUUAACUAUAUUUAUAUAGCCUCCUAAUUAUUUUUAUCUUCUAAUUAUACCGUUUGAAAAUUAAUAAUGAAAACACUCAACGUUCUUUUGGCUCCGCCAACUGAGGAUUAAUCUCCUCAGUACCGCAGAUCACUAAUUUGGAGAAGUUAUCCGUUAAAAAUAAUGCAAUGCAAUUUUGUUUUUGCGCAAUAUCCUCCAACUUCCGAUAACCAUCUGUCCCUACCAACUAGCGCAUUAAAAAAAGCGUGUCAACCAUUAUUGCCCAAUUGUACAGUCAGUUCUAGAGAUGUGCGAUUUUUCGACAUAUGACAAACACUGUGAUCUCCCUCUAUUGAAUCGCAAUGCGAUAUGCAAUUGGAUCUUUGAUGCAUGCGAUUUGACGAAAACUCCUGCGAUUCGAAAUUACACGCCAAAUCCAAAUCACGCAUACAAACGCGAAAAGUCGCGUACAAUUUCAAACCACGUACGAUUAAAAGUCGAGAGAGCGACAUUAAAUCGCGCCCAAUUCAAAAUCGCACUCGCGAUAUGAAAUCGCGUUUACGAUACAAAAUACUGCGGCGCGAUAUGUCACAUUCAUCGCGACUCUUGAGAAAGAUCGCGUCGCAAUGCACGGUCUCGCAAAAUCGCACGUCUCCAGCCGAUUCUCGGUGAUUUUUAUCACGUGCUCACUCGAUGUGCGACACCUCGGUCGUUUGCCCUUGGGGCCUGCCUUCGCGCAACCUGUUCUUCCUCCUUCGUCCUCCCGAGCUCUCGUUACCCAUUACGGUACAUUACAGUACGUUUCACGCGAUGCGCCCGGCCGUGGCGACGACGCAGCGCCGACGUCGGCGUCGGUGUCGUCGGCGCUCUCGGACAGAUUAUGAUUUUGAUCCGCGGCAUUCGAUACGAAAUGGAACGUUUCGAAGCGCCGGCAAUACGCGCAGGGAGCACGUUCGAUAAAUCGCGCGCUCACGCGGUGCCCCUCCCCGAAAUUGAUACUGUCAGUAAACAAGCUUAUGAUAUCCCCCGCCGUAACGGCACUCGUGUCACGUUCGGGAUAUACGCGAGGGAUCGGACUCGAAAAUCGAACGGGGGCGUGCGCCAACGACAACGAUGACAUUUCCGGCGACGCCAGCGCGAAUAACGCCGGCUCGCUCCGUGACUCUCGGGAAGGAAGGAAGGAAGGAAGGAAGGAAGGCCAAGGAAAGGGGAAAGAGGUAGAGGAGAAAACGAAGGGGGAAGAAGUGAAGAAAAAGCCGGGAAAAGCGGAGCUGUUCCCCACGCACGGGGAACCGGCGAGAGCGCGCGAUGACUUUCAUUCUUUCGGCGGGAUCACGGUGUAUCCGUUUCCGCGCGGGCCUUUUGUACGUAGCUUUCGUAUAGACGCGAAGAGAUUUGUUUCCUCGGAGGGUAUAGAUCUACACGUAUAUGUAUACACACACAUGCAUAUGAAUAUAUAUACAUAUAGAUAUAUAUAGAAUUUUUAAGAACGAUUAGGCGAGUUGUUGUUUUCAGCAGAGCGGAGCGUGCAUCUCGGAAUUGCGAGUAGAGACUUCAGUGUAGUUAGCGGAACUCACACGUGGAAACAGGAGGAGAUUCGCAAGCUAAUCGUUUUCGGGAUACUUGGUUUUUUUUAUUUUGUAAACUGAGUUACCUACGAUUAAAUGUGUGCGGUUUAAUACGCACUGUUUGCAUUUUUCAACGCCUAUUUUCUCGAUAAUUUCUCGAAAUAGAUUAGAUAAAUUUUCGGAAAUAUUAAGGGCAAAUAAUAAAAACUUUUUUAUUGUACAUUUUAUAACGAUUAGAAAGAGAAGACUAUCUUUAGCAUGUUAAGCCAUGUUAGUCGUAAAUUAAUUUCCGUCUCAAUUUCAAAACAGUUAAUCGAUUUUGCGAAAGAAAUUAAAUUAAUGUUCUGAAACCCCCAUUGUAAAUCAAUUCUUAACACAAUUUCGCAAAACAAAUCGAAAUAACUUCCAGAGAUAUCAUCCUGAACAAGUAAAAUUUUUCUCGACUGCACCUUGUAACAAUCAAAACAAAAGUUACCUUUUUAUAUUAAGUCAAAGUUCCAGCGUUCCCACCGUAGAUUUCCAUCUGAUUCCGAAAUUAAUCAAUAUUUCCCAUCGCAAUAGUCCAAUUUCACUACUCAAUCUUUAUCACAGAUAACAGCACAGUUUACACGUCCACCGGAGACGCAGAAGUCUCAGAGCUUUCCAACGCGUUUUACUUCACGCCGCUGCAAUACCCACAGUCAAAGUUAUCGACGAUCCAUAUCGAGCCACGUGCGGCGAAUGAUUCGGCGCAGUCAGCACAACGUAAACAACCUGACGCGGCCUUGCCCCCACUCUCGCGCUCGGCCGUUCACUCGUGGACGCGCGAGUAGUCCCACGGCCAUGGGUCGUGACGUUCCCCCGCGCAUGCGCAUGCGCAUGCGCGCUGCGAGUUACUCUGCUGCUGGCACGUGCAGCGCGUGCUCGCCGAUUCCGAGCGUAAAGCGCAGAAUGAAGGAUUGUAACUCACGAACGAGUCGAUGUACAGAUAUCGAGUAAAAAGCAACGGCCAUUCUUCUCACACGACGUGUCUUUCUUCGCGACGGAACUGCCGAGAUUAUCUCCUUCAUCGGCGACUGACCGCGAGGAAACUCGAGUUUCGUCAGCUGAACGUUGUUGGUCGCGAGCUGACGAACAAUGAAUGCAUGUUCCGCUGACUAUGCAUGAUUGACACUGGUCUGAUUGUUACACAGGAUACAUUGCAUAUUUUUAGAGGAUAUUCUAAAAGAGUAGAUAUCAAGUCUCAGCUUGAGACGUUGAGAGACAAACAUCCCGGCGACGAUUAGUUCGCGAAUUAAUUUUUCAUCCGCGCACCCAACAAUCUAUACAUAUCCCUUAAACUUCGCAGGACCUAAACUUUCAGAUACAUAUCAUCCUCUUGCGGCAUGAAACAUUCUUUCCCUUUGCAACAAAAGAAGGAGACCUUUGAGACCUUCCUCUUGGUCGUUGUUAGUUCCGUUGGCCGCAGGAUCCCGAGUCCCGAGCGAUAAUUCCGAGACGUGCCAUAUGUCGCAAGUGUAUACGAUCGAGUCGACCGUGAAGUCGAUCGAUGUGGCGUUUGCGGUUGGUAUUUUUCGCGCCAGCGACACUGACGAGAGCGCGACGAGCAGCUCUCUCCUCAUGGGGGGACGAGUGCGCAAGUACGAACUAAUUACCGCCGGUCCGAUCGUUUUUAAUCGCGCGACCAAUAACUUCCUCUCGCCGAUUGACCCGCCGGCGACGUGGUUCCUCAUUAACUUUUUCAUCUCUUCGCGCCGCGCCGCGCGGAGAGAACGGAAUUAUACACGGACGUCGUCGCUUCGAGUGGAGCGUGAGAUCUCUCAUCGAUGCGCGCGAGAGAUUUACGGAAUGGACUAGAGAGAGUGAGAGAGAGAGAGAGAGAGAGAGAGAGAGAGAGAGAGAGAGAGAGAGAGAGAAAGAAAGAGAGCGUACGAGGCGCUCUCCGCGCUAAAUUAAUCGAACCGUUGCGCGCUGGACGAGGAGGCAGGAAACGUUCUCUCCCCUUUUUCUUUUCUCCUCCUUUACCUUCCCCUACCCCUCCCUUCUAUUCCUCCUCCUCUUUUCCCCUCCCCUUUUUUUUCUCUUCCUCGAGGAGUUCGAAAAAGGAAGAUAA